GCAACUACAAAACUACACACGAAUAAGCUCUCUACCACGGAUACCAGAGUAUAUUUGAGAUUUCGAAAGGCUCAAUGCAGUGGUAAAACUCGCAAUUCUUUAAUUAGGCCUGCGAACCAAAACUUCCCCUCUCCAUUUGGGUCCAUCCAUUCAACCACUACGAAUACACAAUGCCCGGCCCACGAAUGCCCAAAAAUGGCUACAGAAAAGCCGGAAAACAAGCCUACCAUGGCCCCAAGAAAUCAAAGACCUUCACCGCAUCCUCAAACCGCAACGAAGCCACCUCCGCAGACGAGAAACGCGAAGCCGUAAAACUAGCCGAUACCAUCGACGAAGCCCAAGGCUUCCCCCGCUACGAUGCCGGGAAAAAGAAGAUUGGUUGGCUUGUGAACCUGAAAGCCACCUCCAUAGAAGACCCCAAGAUACCCGAGGGGAGAGCGGGCUUGGAUUGUUAUUUUAUUGAGGAGGAUGGGGGGACGUUUAAGGCGACUUUGGAAUAUGAUCCUUAUUUCCUGGUUGCGGUGAAGAGGGGUCAUGAGGCGGAGGCGGAAGAGUGGCUCAAGAGAGCUCCUGGGGGAGGCGUGGUGAAGAGUCUGAAGAAGAUUGACAAGGAGGAUUUGCAGAUGCCGAAUCAUCUCCUGGGCUACAGGAGGACUUUUUUUGAGUUGAGGUUUAGUAACGUUAAUGAUUUGCUGGCCGCGAGACGAGAUAUAAUGCCGAUCGCGGAGAAGAAUAAGAAGAAUAUGAAUGCUAUGGAUACAUAUGCGGAGGUUGCUAGGUAUGUUCUCUUUGGUAUGGAUUUUGGGAGAAAGGACAGCUCGACUAAUUGUUUGGGGCAGCGCAAAUGCUGGUUUUGACCUUUUUGACGAAGAUAAUGAUAAACGACUUAAUGUUUCUGUUGCGGAUGCUAGCGAUUUUAUUGUGGAUAUUAGGGAAUGGGACGUACCAUACCAUGUGCGAGUAAUGAUAGAUAUGGGUAUGACGGUUUACGUGUAAGUUAAUAACAGAAACAGGGCUAACAAAUACAGAUAUACGAACGGGGAAGUGGUACUCAGUCGAGGCGAAACACGGAACUACGACGUUUAAAUGUUUAGAAGAACGUUUGCAGCGUGCAGAUCCUGUGGUAAUGGCAUACGAUAUUGAGACGACGAAGUUGCCUCUGAAGUUUCCAGACGCGGCUAUUGAUCAAAUUAUGAUGAUAUCGUAUAUGAUUGAUGGUCAAGGAUUUUUAAUCACUAACAGAGAAAUUGUCUCAGAAGACAUCGAGGAUUUUGAGUACACUCCAAAACCGGAAUACGAUGGUCCUUUUAUGAUCUUCAAUGAGCCAGAUGAGAAAGCUGUUAUUGAACGAUUCUUUUUACAUAUCAAGGAAGCCAGACCGACUGUGAUAGCGACUUACAACGGAGACUUUUUUGAUUGGCCAUUCGUGGAUGCUCGGUCGAGUGUCAAUGGAAUCGAUAUGUACCAGGAAAUCGGUUGGAGAAAAGGACCAGACGACCAGUAUUGUUGCGAUUAUAGCGCACAUAUGGACUGUUUUCACUGGGUCAACCGAGACAGUUAUCUACCACAAGGAAGUCGUGGUUUGAAAGCUGUGACUACGGCCAAACUGGGAUACGAUCCCGAUGAACUGGAUCCCGAACUAAUGCUUCGGUUUGCCAGUGAGCGACCACAGACGCUUGCUGAAUAUUCGGUUUCCGAUGCAGUGGCCACAUAUUAUCUAUACAUGAAAUAUGUGCAUCCCUUUAUUUUCUCGCUGUGUACUAUUAUUCCCCUGGGUCCCGAUGCGGUAUUACGGAAAGGAACUGGAACCUUGUGUGAGAUGUUGCUUAUGGUGGAAGCUUACAAGAAGGAAAUUGUUUUACCUAAUAAGCAUCAGGCGCCGAAAGAAUCAUUCUGGGAGGGCCAUCUUUUGGAAUCGGAGACAUACGUUGGAGGACACGUUGAGAGUAUCGAAGCUGGAGUUUUUCGUGCAGAUAUCCCAGUCAAUUUUGCAGUUGAUACCACAGCUAUUGAUGAGCUUCUGGCAGAUCUGGAUUCUGCUCUUAAGUUCAGUAUUACAGUUGAAGAGAAGAAAUCGCUUGAUGAUGUUGUGAAUUACGAUGAAGUCAAACAACAAAUUACCGAUCGACUGCUCAGCUUAAAGGAGACAGCGAAUCGAAGUGAGAGACCUCUGAUUUAUCAUUUGGAUGUGGCAUCCAUGUACCCAAAUAUCAUGACAACAAAUCGAUUGCAACCCGACUCUAUGAUUGAGGAAGCAGACUGCGCUGCUUGCGAUUUCAACCGACCAGGGAAGACCUGUGAUAGGCGGAUGCCUUGGGCUUGGAGAGCGGAGUAUCUUCCUGCAGAGCGGGGUGACUACCUCAUGAUUCGAAAUGCUCUCGAGAAUGAGAAGUUUCCUGGGAAAUGGCCAAAUAGCCCAGCCCGGAGUUUCCAGGAUCUCUCAACGGACGAACAAGUAGGACUUAUUCGAAAGCGUCUUCAAAUUUACAGUCAGAAAGUCUUUCACAAGAUCCACGAAUCGAAGACCAUCGAGAGAGAAGCAAUUAUCUGCCAGAGAGAGAAUCCAUUCUACAUUGAUACGGUCAAAGAUUUCCGAGACCGACGAUAUGAUUAUAAAGGAAAGCAGAAGGUCUGGAAAGGUAAAACUGAAGAGUUGAAGGCUGCUGGUGCAAGUAAUGCCGAAGUCGAAAAUGCCAAGAAAAUGAUUGUACUGUUCGAUUCGUUGCAAUUGGCUCACAAGGUCAUUCUGAACUCCUUCUACGGGUAUGUCAUGAGAAAAGGUUCUCGUUGGUACUCUAUGGAAAUGGCUGGUGUUACUUGUUUGACUGGAGCUCACAUCAUUCAAAUGGCGCGACAGCUUGUUGAGCGAAUUGGCCGUCCUCUGGAACUUGACACUGAUGGAAUUUGGUGUAUGCUUCCCGCCACUUUUCCCGAGAAUUAUGGUUUCAAGCUCAAGAAUGGGAAGAAACUCACUAUUUCGUAUCCCUGCGUCAUGUUGAAUCAUUUGGUUCAUAACAAAUUCACCAAUCAUCAAUACCAGACUUUGGUUGACAAGAAGACGUUCAAGUACGAGACUCACAGCGAUAACUCCAUCUUUUUCGAAGUUGAUGGGCCUUAUCGAGCUAUGAUCUUGCCUACCUCAAAGGAAGCCGACAAGAAUUUGAAGAAGCGUUAUGCUGUGUUCAAUGACGAUGGCAGUCUUGCAGAACUCAAGGGGUUUGAAGUGAAGCGAAGAGGGGAGCUGAAGCUCAUCAAGAUUUUUCAAACCCAAAUCUUCAAGUUCUUCUUGGAAGGGGAGACGUUGGCAGAAACCUAUGCUGCUGUCGCCAAGGUUGCCAACCAAUGGUUGGACGUGCUGCACUCGAAAGGUGCCACGCUUGCUGACGAAGAACUCAUCGAUCUCAUUUGUGAGAACAGAAGUAUGUCCAAAGCUUUGGAAGAAUACGGAUCUCAAAAAUCGACUUCGAUCACGACUGCAAAACGUCUGGCUGAUUUCUUGGGAGAGCAGAUGGUAAAGGACAAGGGCUUGAACUGCAAGUAUAUUAUUUGCUCAAGACCGAAGAAUGCGCCUGUCACUGAGCGUGCCAUUCCUGUUGCUAUUUUCUCGGCUGAGACCUCGGUUAAGAGAUACUUCCUCCGGAAAUGGCUUAAAGAAGAUCCAACAAAUAUGGAUCCUAGAGCAUUACUUGAUUGGGACUACUACCUCGAACGUCUAGGAUCUGUCAUCCAAAAACUCAUUACUAUCCCCGCUGCGCUCCAAAAGGUCCGAAAUCCAGUUCCCAGAGUUGCUCACCCAGAUUGGUUGCAACGAAGAAUCAAUAUCAAAGACGACCGAAUGAAGCAGAAGAAAAUGACGGACAUGUUUAAGGGCGCUCCGCUGGAGGAGAUCACUAAUCUUCAAGAUCCCAAAAUAGCGGAUAUGGAGGAUUUUGGCACUAAACUUCUCAAACCGAAGACCAUUGGCUCUCAGCUCUCGCAGGCCGUUCAAAAAUCCUCCAAGAGAAAGUCUCCCGAGCCCGCGGUUGCUGUAUCCGUCAAUCCAUACGCGGCACUUCCAGAAAAGAUGCCAUCGCCUACCGAAGAUUACCUAGGGUUCCUGGAAUACCAAAAGCAGAAGUGGAAGAUUCAAAAACAGGCACGAAUUCGACGUCGCCAUUUGUUUGGUGAAACCAGAGCUAGUGCCCAGAAUAAUAUCGGUGCAAAUUUUCGCCAGAAGGCGGAGUUGACUUUUAAGAGUACUUGGCAGGUUCUUCAAUUGAGAGCUACUGAAAGCCCUGGUGUUGUGAACGCCUUUGUACUCAUCGAUUCAAAGAUUCAUACCCUGAAAGUUAAAGUCCCCAGACAGAUUUUCUUGAAUUUGAAGGGGAAGGAGCUACCAGAUAUCGAGGUCGACGGUUGUGAAGCUCAGAAGGUCAAUCACACGUUACCGAAUGGCCACCCUUCAGUGCAUCUCUUCAAGCUUACCAUGUCUGAGGAUCUUUAUGUGAACGAUGCUCAGAAAUUGUCAUUGCUGUUCAAUCACCCCAGUGUUGAAGGUGUGUAUGAGAAGCAGGUGCCGUUAAGUGUGAGAGCAGUUCUUCAACUGGGUAGCUUGUGCACUUUUGAUGACACACAACCGGGAGUUUUGGGUAAAGGUUUGGAAUCCGGAUUCGACCUAUCGGGCCUUCGACCUGCUACUUCGAAGCAUCCGUAUCUAUCGAAUUCGCCUAUGGCGUAUCUCUACCUGUAUCACGUUAUAGCGGGCGAUCAACAGGUAUUUGCCUUGUUUUCUACAACGGGAGAGCAGGCCCAUGUUAUCACUCUGCAGAGAUCCAAGGACUCAAACCAGGAUCUGCCCAAUGUCACCAAGAUUUAUGCCGAUUUGUUGGCCCGGAGAGAACAAGAAGCCGAAGGCCAGCCAUGGCAAACCUGUUUCGAGUACCAAGACAAGCUUCAAUUCCAUACCAAGCAAGUCACGACGAGACGGAAGGCUUUGCUAGAAGUUGGAGAUCUUGUUAAAAAAAUGCGGAACGAUGAAAGCAAGCCACUUAUGCUUAUCAUUCAGUCACCACAACGCAAAAUGCUUUUGCAUGAUGUCCCAAUGCUUCGAGAGUUUCCAGUCUUGCCUCUCAAGUAUGAAGUCGCUGACAGCAAUAUGCCGCCAAUUGGUUGGCAAUCCUUCGUUGCAAAAAGAAUCGUCAAUCACUAUUUGAGCCUGGGGUCUUGGAUCAUGCAUCUUACUGAGUUGGCGAGAUAUGGUGAUAUACCUCUCUGCAAUCUUGAGCGAGAUGACCCUCGAUUCCUCAUCGACAUUGCCUAUGCUAGACGUCUUCAGAAGAAUAAUGUUGUUUUGUGGUGGUCUGGUGGUCCAAGACCGGACCAUGCUGGGUAUGAGCAAGAUGAUGUGCUAGGGCCGCUGGAGACUGUUCAGAUGCCAUCUGUCAACAACCCUGGUACAUAUCCAUCAGUUUGUAUUGAGCUCGAUAUCAAGAACUUGGCCAUUAACACCAUCUUGACUUCUUCCUUGAUCAACGAGCUUGAAGGUAGCGACUCCGUAUCAUUUAACCCUGCUGCACCAGCAAAUGACGGGUCGGGCGAUGGAGCAAACGUUCUCUAUGCAGACAAUGCAUUUGCAGCUGCAGGCGUCAAUGUACUCCGUGAGAUGGUCAAAGCCUGGUGGGUAGAGGCAACUAGAGGAAGCAGCAUAGCCGAUAUCAUGGUUCAGCAUCUUGUCAGAUGGGUAGAAAACCCAGCGUCUUUCCUCUACGAUCGGUCAUUGCACUACUAUGUGCAAAUGAUGUCGCGGAAAGCUUUCCAACAACUGAUGACGGAUUUCAGAAGAGUUGGCUCGCACGUCGUGUUCGCUAGUUCCAAUCGUCUACUACUACAGACGACCAAAGCGGAGGUCGGAAAUGCUUAUGCAUACAGUCAAUACAUUCUCAAAUCCAUCAAGGCAAAACCUCUCUUCCACUUCAUAGAUCUUGAGAUCAAGGAGUAUUGGGAUUAUCUUGUUUGGUACGAUGAAUUUAAUUACGGCGGAAAGGCAUGUCAAGAAGUUGUCGAGGCUGAGAAUCAAACUCUUGAUACUGUCAUGCAUUGGCAACUCAACAAAUUCUUACCCACUUCUCUACAACCAAUUUUCCACGAUUGGGUCGUGGAGUUCAUCGAGGUGAUGCAUAAGCUCAAGAGACCUCAAAUGAUCAACGGUGUCGAGUCAACACCCCGUGCAACUCAACUUCCCGUGGGCGUCUUGAGUGACGACAAACCAGACAAGAUCAUCUUAGGAAAAGAGUUCGAGAAGCCUCUCAAGCGCCAAAUCGCAGGUCUGAUCCGUCGUCAGAAGGACGAGAUGCUACACCCUGAACUAUCUUCCGACUACGCUUUUCCUCUCCUUCCAGGGUCACAUCUCAAACUCACAAACCCUAUUCUACAACUCGUCAAAUCACUCAUGCAAGUCCUCUCCCUCGACAAAAACAUCACCCUCGAAGCCCGACUUCUCCGAAAAGAACUCCUCGCCCUCUUCGAAAUCCGCGAAUUUAGCAACGAAGCCCGCUUCGAGAACCCCUCGGAAUCCCUCCGCAUCCCCCAAGUCAUCUGCGAGAACUGCACCCUGGCGCGCGAUCUGGAUUUGUGCCGCGACGCGGAUCUCAUCCCCGACGCCACCACGCCCUCCGACACCGAGUGGAAGUGCACCUUCUGCGACGCCGAGUACAACCGCCUCGAGCUCGAGGAGAAGAUGAUCGCCUCGGUGCAGGGCCUCGUGGUGGAGUGGCAGACGCAGGAUUUGAAGUGUGUCAAGUGUAAGAAUGUCAGGGUCAAUGAUUUUAUGGAGCAUUGUGCGUGUUCUGGUGCGUGGGGGGUUAGUGGGAAGAGGGGGGAUGUGGUGAGGAAGGUGGGGGUUUAUGGGAGGGUGGCGCAGUUUUAU